AUGCAUGUUGAUGAUGAUGAUGAUGAUGAUGACGAGAUUCUAACACAUUGUACUGCGGAAGACUUUGUGCAUCGAACACUAAAGUUCCUAAGGGUUGGUAAAAUUGGUUACCACAUACAGUUACGCCUUUUACUUCCGAUCCUUCCACCGUCUUCCUAUCUCCCACUGCUUCUUCGUCUCGAUCCUUCCACCCUCUGUCAGGGUCUCUCUUUAGAAGCGAUUGAGUACCGCCAUGGAUGCGAUCUUCACCACCUCUGUACUUCUCCUUUCUUCCUUUUGUGUGUUCCUUACAAGUUCUACUCAAAACUUUCUGUUCACCAAGUAAUUAACUGUUCUUUCAUUAAUAAUCAACUGAAAUCUGUUCAGCAUCGGGUUAACCAUGAUCGUAUAUUGGGCAAAGCAUUAGCAACAAUCGGCGAUGUCCUCCCGGUAUUGGCAACGGUCGUGGAAGUGGCGGAGUGUACGACGGUGGUGGUGGUGUUGGCAGUUACCGUCCAAACCCUAAUUACUACCAUUAACCUCGAAACCGUACUCAACAAAAUCAAUUUCAGCAGCAACAACAGUUCACGCAGAGGCAGCAGUCUGGACAACCAAACAACACGCAACAACAGUGGCUAG